ACAGACUUCAAGAUGACUCUUCAGCAGCAAAGCACUUUGGAGCAGUGGGCUGCUUGGCUGGACAAUGUGGUGACACAAGCAUUGAAACCUUAUGAAGGGAGGCCCAGCUUUCCAAAGGCAGCACGACAGUUCCUCCUAAAAUGGUCAUUUUACAGUUCCAUGGUUAUUCGCGACUUAACUUUGCGCAGCGCUGCUAGCUUUGGCUCUUUCCAUCUGAUUCGUCUUCUCUAUGAUGAAUACAUGUUUUAUUUAGUUGAACACCGGGUUGCACAGGCAACUGGAGAGUCACCAAUCGCAGUCAUGGGAGAGUUUGGUGACCUAACUGAUGGAUCUCCUGGUAAUAUGGAAAAAGAUGAGGGAAGCGAUGUGGAGAGUGAAAUGGAAGAGGAAAUGGAUGACUGUGGAGAGCCCCCGGCAAAGAGGGAGAAGACUGAGUUGGCUCAGGCAUACCAGGUGGGCUGUAUGCAGCCAUCACUAGAGGGCAGCGUUCAGCAGAGCCUGGUUUUGAACCAAAUACACAGCGAGCACAUUGUCACAAGCACUCAGACCAUCAGACAGUGCAGUGCCACUGGGAAUACCUAUACUGCAGUCUAG